AUGACAUUAGCCACUCAAUUUGCUGAAACAACCCGUUAUUCAACAUCAAACCCUGAAUUAAAACGUCGAGUUCUACACUUGUAUCGUAAAUAUAUUAGAAAUGCUAAAGAAUUUGCUGAUUUAUAUGAAUUAGAUAUGCCAAUAUCUAAUAUAAAAACUAAAAUUAGACAAGAAUUUGAAAGACAAAGAUUUGGUAAUGAUUUAUCCGUCAAUAAUGUAUUAUUAAUGAAAGGACAAAUGGAAUUUCAAGAAUUAAUUAAUUUUUGGAAACAACAAUGUCAUGUUAUGAGAUAUUUUGAUGAACAAAAUUCUUAUAAUGUUGUUGAUAAAAAUGAUUUUGUUAAAAACUUUUUAAGAGGGAAUUAA